UGGCCCCUAGCGCUCGGCGUUCAGGGCCCUGCGGGGCGCCCCUUUCCCCCGCGGUGCUUCCCCAGCCGGGCUAAGGUGGGCUUGUCCUCCUUCCUCCUCUGUCGCCUCCUUUUCCUCCCCCUCCUUCACCUUUUCCUUCCCUCCAUCCAUCCAGAGCCCCGCCAAAGGGCACACCUGACCUUUCUCCUCUCUCCCUGCUCUUCCUCUCCUCCUCCUCCUCCCUGGGGAAAGGGGCCCGGACAAGCGCAUGUGGGGGCCCCUCUGACAGUGGCCGGAUUGGGGGUGGCAGGCGCCCAAAUGGCCAAGUGGCUACGGGACUACCUGAGCUUUGGCGGUCGGAGGCCCCCUCCGCAGCCGCCCACCCCGGACUACACCGAGAGCGACAUCCUGAGGGCCUACCGGGAGCAGAAGAACCUGGACUUUGAGGAUCCCUAUGAGGACGCGGAGGGCCGCUUGGAGCCGGACCCAGCGGGCCCCGGGGACUCCAAGAACGCCGGAGAUGCCAAGUAUGGCUCUCCCAAGCACCGGCUCAUCAAGGUGGAGACUGCGGAUAUGGCCAGAGCCAAGGCCCUUCUGGGCGGCCCCGGGGAGGAGCUGGAAGCUGACACGGAGUACUCAGACCCCUUUGAUGCCCAGCCUCAUCCUGCACCCCCAGAUGAUGGGUACAUGGAGCCCUAUGAUGCCCAGCGGGUUAUUAGUGAACUGCCCGGAAGAGGGGUGCAGCUCUAUGACACCCCUUAUGAGGAACAGGACCGAGAGACAGCGGAGGAGCCCCCUUCUGGGCAGAAGCCUCGGCAGAGCCGGAUGCCCCAGGAGGACGAACGGCCAGCAGAUGAGUAUGACCAGCCCUGGGAGUGGAAGAAAGACCACAUCUCCAGGGCGUUUGCAGUGCAGUUUGAUAGUCCAGAGUGGGAAAGGACUCCAGGCCCAGCCAAGGAGCUCCGGAGACCCCCACCCAGAAGCCCCCAGCCUGCAGAGCGAGUGGACCCAGCCCUGCCCCUGGAGAAACAGCCGUGGUUCCACGGCUCCCUGAACAGGGCGGAUGCGGAGAAUCUCUUGUCCCUCUGCAAGGAAGGCAGCUACCUAGUGCGGCUCAGUGAGACCAGCCCCCAGGACUGCUCCUUGUCUCUCAGGAGCAGCCAGGGGUUCCUGCAUCUGAAGUUCUCACGGACCCGAGAGAACCAGGUGGUGCUGGGCCAACACAGCGGGCCCUUCCCCAGCGUGCCUGAGCUGGUCCUCCACUACAGUUCCCGCCCCCUGCCAGUACAGGGAGCCGGACAUCUGGCUCUGCUGUACCCCGUGGUCACACAGACCCCCUGACAGUGACCCUCAGCCCCCUUUUGAGUCCUCGGACCCAGAAUUGUAUCCGAAAGCCCUCCUCUGGCCUAGAAAAUAAAUAAGUUAUUGUU